AUGUUCUCUAGGCUUGGUCCUCUACAUACUUCCCUGGGCGUGGUUCCGAAAAAAAAUGAGGUCUUCCCAGAUUUGAUUGGGGUUGAGAAGAUCCCAAAGCAAAAUCAUUCUGGCGUCCUCACCCAGAUGCCAACCCUCACGCCCGGAAACGAGGCGAAAUUAGUCCUGCAGCACGGUGGUAGUUUAGCCGGGUACACGACCUUCUUAUCAAUCAUUCCCGAGCUGAAUGUCAGUGUUGUCGCCCUGGUCAACUCCAUUGGACUCGGCGACCCAGCGGGCUGGAUCCACCAGCUCGUCCUCGAGGCCAUCAUCGAGACCAAGAAGCCUAACGACCAUGUCGCUCUCGCCGAGGAAGCCGCACUCUCACACGCCAACAGCAUCGCCGAGAUCCCUACUGAUUUGCAGAAGGCGCGUAAAGAUAUUCCACUGCAGCGCCCUCUGUCCGACUUUACCGGCCUCUACUGA